AUGUGUCUGGUUCCAGCCGGAUUUUGCGGGUUCAGCAUUCGGGAUGACCGGAGUGCAAAGGUUUAUCGCCGUUACAAUCUACUGCCAUAUUGUCUAUGUUUCAGCCUAAAUCUUCAUGUUCAUGUAAGUUUUGGGUUUAUUCUUACUUCAUACUAACUUUAUGGCAUACCUUUCUACGGCGUAUUUUACAAAUUUUCAAAAGAAAUUUGAUUUUUUUAUUGAUUUUUUCAUUUUUUAUUCCUAAAAUACGACCAGGCCAUUGCAAAAUUUUUCUUCAUAGAUUCUAAGUUUUAAAUUUUGCGACUGCACAGUGCAAUUUCUUUUUUUUUUUGUUUUUUGGACUAACCUUUACAGUACUGUUAAACUUCGAAUUCUCAAAACCGGAUGCUCGGAUUUUUUUUUAAUCUUGCAAGUAGCAUUUUCAUUGGCCAUAUUUUGAUCCUUAAAAAUUUCAGCUCAAGCUCUCCAACAAGCGCUGAGAUAUUUCGCAAUCUUUGCGGAUAUUGAAAAUAAUGAAAUAGGGCUAAUUUUUGGGCUAUAUCUUUGCAAGCUUCGCGUAGAAAUAUUUGAAAUUUUGUGGCAGCACUGUACUCCACAAUUAGAAGAGACUAGUAAACUUUUUUCCAAAAAAAGUCCAAAAAAAUUUUUUUAUUUUUUUUUUUGGAUUUUUUGGCAUAAAAUCCCGAAGAUUUCUGUAAACGUAAGCAAAAAAAUUCAAAUAUGAUUUAGAAACUUCUACUCUAAAUUUGAGUCAAUUUUUAUCAAAUUCCGAUGGGUUUUGCUUUCAAAAUUUUUUGAAUUUUUUGCACUGUGCGGGAGAAAAGAAUGAAAAAAACUGCACAGUGCAGUAGAAAUUUUUUUUUAUUUCCCAAACAAAGCCAAAGAGAUCCAAAAAGGAGCCAUUUAUAUAAUCAAAACCCUUCAAGAUCAAUCUCUAACUUAAUUUUGCAAUGAAUAUCUUACUGUGCUUUCCAGAGCGCUGCGUUUUAUAUGGCGAUAUCCGAUAUAAUCACCUAUUCUUAUGUCUUAUGCCGGCUUUGGCGGAAGUUUGAAGCCGAAUAUUUUUGGUAUAUCGAAUAUACGACCACAAUGUCUCUACUGUUCGCCACGAUCAUGGUCGUGAUUGGCAAUCGCCUCAGAAGACGGGGAUUUUAUCAACUCUACCUUCAAGUUCAUGUAAGUCAAUAUAAAAGUGUUCAAAAUCAGAUUUAAACAUCGUAUUUUAGAAAGUCCUGCUCUAUGGAAUGCUAAUCACAGUUUUUGCCCGCUAUAUUUCAAUGUGGAUGUUUUUGCGGGAGACCGAUGAUCUUAUAGGCGCCUAUUUCUUUACUGUCUUCAAAAUGAUUGAAUUAUUUCUUAUCACGUGCGCAUUCUGGUACGCAAAUAGUCGACGAGGGACGAUCAUUCACGAUUAUUGUUAUGUUUGCGAAAAGAAGCCGAACAAUGACAGAAUGAUUAUUGUUUGA